AUGGACGCUGCCAAAGCCGGAAGUCCAGACGAGCAGAUGCGGUUGAGCGGCAUGUCUGAUCAAGCACGCCACAUUAUGAUGUGGCAGAUGAGGAUUACGAAACUCUCCAGAUAUUUGGUCUGGUACAACGAUAUACCUCUCCCUCUGGCAGAUGCUCUGCACGCUAGUGGUAUGCCUGCUGCAAGUAUGACCAUAGUAUUUUGGCCCAACGAGGCAUGCUGUCAUGAAAUUGACCACAUGAAAUUGACCACUUCUGUGGACCACAUUCGAGCCGUCAUCCGCCCCAAGGUCAAGCAGCAACCUGUGGAGUGCGAGCACCAGCAAGACACUAGCCUGUGCCGCGAAGUUGGCUCGCGGGUCUGA